UUCACAACAAUGUCUGGAAGACGGCUCCGAGAUGCCGUGAAAACAGUGCUUACAGGUGGAAGUAGCAAAGAAUUUGAUGCAAAUGUUCAUGUAGUAAUAGCGGGCCUGACAAAUACAUACUCCCAAUAUGUAACAACCUUCGAGGAGUACCAGAUGCAAAGAUACGAGGGUGCCUCAACACUAUUUGGUCCAUAUACUCUCGGUGCCUACAUUCAGGAAUUCAAGAAGCUUGCAGCGGCCCUUAUCAGUGGACAACCCACGCAGUCGGGUCCCCAACCCCCAGAUCUGCUAGACAAGCAAAUAAGCUUACUAACACCAGUCGUGGUGGAUGCAACUCCUCCGGGUGUAAACUUUGGUGACGUUAGCGCUGAUGUACCCAAGAACUCGACCUUCAAGAAUGGUGACAAUGUAACAGUUGUUUUCUGGUCAGCGAACCCAAGAAAUGACCUCAUGACUGAAGGUACAUUCGCUCUCGUGGAGAUUCUUCAAGGGAAGGAUUCGUGGGUUCCUGCUUAUGAUGAUGAUGAUUUUUGCCUCCGGUUUAUUUGGUCGAGACCUGCUAAACUUAGUCCUCAAAGUCAUGCAACCAUAGAAUGGAAAAUACCUGGAACAGUUGCUUCAGGUGUAUACAGAAUAAGGCAUUUUGGUUCUGCAAAGAGUCUUCUGGGGUCAAUCAAUCAUUUUACAGGCGCUUCAAGUGCUUUUGUGGUGGCUUGAGACAAAGAUCUUCAUCUACAAUUCUGCAUCUAAGUUAUCAUAUAAUAAUAUAUUCAUAGGUAUCAAUAGACUUUGGUCGAAAUGCAAUUUUCUAUUUAUCAUUUUCGUGGCUUUUGAUUUUUCUGUCAAGAACAAGAGCUUGGGGAAGGUAUGGUAGAAUAUUUGUGCAACGCUUUCUUUGAUUUUAACAGCAAUAUAUAUUACUCCUGUUUCUCCAAGCAAAUGGGGUUAAUUUUU